CGGCGGCGAGGAAUUCGGUGGCGAGGGCCAGGCGGCGGCGGCGGCGGCGGCGGCGGCGAGGCAGAGUUGCCGGGCUCGGAUCGGCAGGGACGGGCAGCCAGCCGAGCAGCCGGCCGGAGGACAACGACGCCGCCGCCACAAGGCAGCCCCAGCGAGAGGGGGCUCCGGGGCUCGCCCAGCCCGGGCUGCGGGGGAAGGCGGCGGCGGCGGCGGCGGCGGCGGCGAAGGGAAGGAGGCAGCCGGCCAGGCCGGGCGAGCAGCAGCAGCAGCAGCAGCAGGAGCCGCGGAGAUGCCGCUGGGCUGGCGGAUGCUCCUGCAAGUUCUCUGGCUCGGGUCCUUGCGGGGGUCGGCCGGGGCACAAAAUGGGGAUCUUACAGUCAGGCCCACUUGUAAGCCAGGCUUCUCGGAAGAUGAUUACACGGCGCUCGUCUCGCAGAACAUCGUGGAAGGGCAGAAGUUACUCAAAGAAAGGAAAGAGGAACGUGUCGGCAGAUUUCCUCCAACCGCCCAGCGACGUCCUCCUGCCGUGGCGCCAUCAUCAGAAUUCUCAUGGGCUGAGGCGGCAAAAACGAGACUGGGUCAUCCCACCAAUCAAUGUGCCUGAAAACUCGAGAGGGCCUUUUCCUCAGCAGCUGGUCCGGAUUCGUUCAGAUAAGGACAGCGAGAUUCAUAUACGAUACAGCAUCACCGGAGUGGGGGCUGACCAGUCACCCACAGAAGUCUUCAGCAUUGACCCCGUCUCGGGGAGGAUGUACGUGACUCGUCCCAUGGAUCGGGAAGAAAGAGCCUCCUACCACCUUAAAGCCCAUGCAGUGGAUAUGAAUGGAAACAAAGUGGAGAAUCCGAUCGACCUCUACAUUUAUGUGAUUGACAUGAAUGACAACAGGCCUGAGUUCCUCAACCAAGUCUACAACGGAUCUGUGGAUGAAGGAUCUAAACCAGGGACCUAUGUGAUGACAGUGACGGCAAACGAUGCAGACGAUGCCACUACAGCCAAUGGGAUGGUGAGAUACCGGAUUGUGACUCAAACCCCCCAGAGCCCAUCGCAGAACAUGUUCACUAUUAACAGCGAGACGGGAGACAUCGUCACGGUGGCGGCUGGACUCGACAGAGAGAAAGUUCAUCAGUACACUGUCAUCGUUCAGGCCACAGAUAUGGAAGGAAACCUUAACUAUGGUCUCUCAAACACAGCAACAGCGAUCAUUAUGGUGACAGAUGUGAACGACAACCCGCCCGAAUUCACUGCCAGCACCUUUUCAGGUGAAGUUCCUGAAAACCGAGUGGAAGUUGUGGUUGCUAAUUUGACGGUGUUGGACAGAGACCAGCCACAUUCGCCAAACUGGAAUGCCGUUUACCGGAUUAUCAGCGGGGACCCCUCGGGUCAUUUCACCAUCAGGACCGAUCCUGUCACAAAUGAAGGCUUGGUUACAGUUGUGAGGGCAGUUGACUACGAGAUGAACAGGGCUUUUAUGCUGACAGUGAUGGUGUCCAACCAAGCUCCUCUAGCCAGCGGCAUCCAGAUGUCCUUCCAGUCUACAGCAGGGGUCACCAUUUCGGUCACUGAUGUCAACGAACCACCCUACUUCCCUGCAAACCACAGGCUCCUCAGGCUAGAAGAAGGAGUCCCUACAGGGACAGCGCUGACAACCUUUUCAGCGGUGGAUCCAGACCGUUUCAUGCAGCAGGCUGUGAGAUACUCCAAGCUGUCAGAUCCGGCCAACUGGCUGAGCAUUAAUGCCACAAACGGUCAGAUCACCACCACCGCUAUCCUUGAUCGUGAGUCAGCCUACAUUAAGAACAACGUCUACGAGGCCACGUUCCUGGCAGCUGACAACGGUAUCCCUCCAGCCAGUGGCACUGGUACGCUGCAGAUUUAUCUAAUCGACAUCAACGAUAAUGCUCCCGAGCUCCAGCCAAAGGACGCACAGAUCUGUGAAAAGCCAAACCUGAAUGUCAUCAACAUCACUGCCGCCGAUGCUGACAUUGAUCCAAACGUUGGACCCUUUGUCUUCGAGCUGCCAAGCGUGCCAUCUGCCAUCCGGAAGAACUGGACCAUUACGCGGCUAAAUGGUGACUACGCCCAACUCAGCUUACGCAUCUCAUACCUGGAAGCUGGCGUGUAUGACGUUCCAAUCAUUGUGACAGAUUCCGGAAACCCUCCCCUGUUCAACAUGUCCAUCAUUAAAGUCAAGGUGUGCCCAUGUGAUGAGAACGGAGACUGCACCGCCAUUGGGGCUGUAGCUGCAGCCGGACUGGGCACUGGAGCAAUCAUUGCCAUCUUGAUAUGCAUCAUCAUUUUACUAACCAUGGUGUUGCUCUUUGUGGUGUGGAUGAAACGUCGGGAAAAGGAGCGGCACACAAAACAGCUCCUCAUCGACCCUGAGGAUGACGUGCGAGACAACAUCCUGAAGUACGACGAAGAAGGAGGGGGAGAAGAAGACCAGGAUUAUGAUUUAAGCCAACUUCAGCAGCCAGAGAGCAUGGAUCACGUUAUGAACAAGGCAAAUGGAGUCAGACGAGUAGACGAGAGGCCAGUUGGCGCGGAGCCCCAAUAUCCUGUAAGGCCUGUAAUCCCCCAUCCCGGGGACAUCGGGGACUUCAUUAAUGAGGGCCUGAGAGCGGCGGACAACGACCCAACAGCCCCGCCGUACGACUCCCUUCUCGUCUUUGACUAUGAGGGCAGCGGGUCUACAGCAGGCUCGGUCAGUUCGCUGAACUCGUCCAGCUCCGGAGACCAAGAUUACGACUACCUGAACGACUGGGGGCCGCGGUUCAAGAAGCUGGCGGACAUGUACGGGGGCGGCGAGGACGACUAAAAAUGACCUCACUUUAUUGUUUUAGUACAAAAAAGAAACAAGAGGAAAGCUCUAGUGUUAGAAGAAGAGGAGGAAGGAAGGAAGGAAGGGAAAGAAACCCAACUAUGGAGAAGAAAAGGGUGAAGAAAUAAGAACUGUAUAGAAGCGGCAGCUUUUCCAAUUACUAUCCCCUGCUGACUGUAUUCCUUUUAGUGGUGAUUUAGAACAUUUCUUUUUUUCUGUUUUUACUUUUUGUUUAUUUCUUUUUUUAAAAAAAAGAACAUCGAGCUGUCUAGCAUGAACACUCGUCUCUGCUGCGAUCGUGGUUUUUUUUUAAUUACUUUUUUUUCCCUCUUAAUGUGUCAGCAGGGAUAUUGCUUGUUCUAUCACUUUAUGACUAAGGGGAGUGAAAGACACUCUGUCUUAACUUGAAUUUCUUAGAACAGAAGCACUGUUUUUAAAAUAUAUAUAUAGAUAUAUAUAUUUGAAAGUGCCUUUUGGUACAUGUAUCAGAUUCCCUCAAUCUCAGGAGUGUUCAGAAAAGAAACAAACAUUUAUGUUUCAACCGUCUUGGGCACCACACUCUAUGACCCUAAGCCAGUUCUAGCUGGGAAGGAAUUAACAAAACAAAAACAAAAAAAACAGGAAUUGCGGGAUGGUUUCUUUCAGUGGGUGGGGUACCUUUUUCUAAAAAAAAACAACAAAAAAAGCGGGAAACUUGUUUGAGGGUUGAAUGGGGUUGGGUUGGGGGGCGGGGAACAAAGUCAUUUUGACUGAAAAAAAAAGAAUCUAAACUGCUAUCUUUUGGCCUCAGCAGAUGGUGAACUGAGUAAACCUGUUGUGUAUAUAUACUUCAUUGUUUCUCCAAUGCGAACUAGCGACCCGGGUUUCUUCUCACGACCCGGUCUCAUGUGAUGUAGCUGCCUAGAGUUAUAGCAUUGAGCCUUUGGUGGGUCUGACACAAAAGUCUUUGCUUAAGCCCUGCAGUAAAUGAUGAGCAGACCAAAGGCCCGCUUGUGUGUGAGAGUUUGUGUUGCUGUCUUUUGGGGGUCGGUUGAAGCUCCCGCCCCCUUCCGAGUCCCAUCAAACUCCGGUUAGGUUACACGUUUCUCACAGACCUUUAUCGUAAUGAAUUGAAUGUGGCAUUUUGAUGGGAUACAAGGGAAACCGAGGCGGGGCGCCUGCACACGUGGCUUCAGGGAAGGAGUGCACCCUUUUCUCACUGGAACUUCCAGACGGUAGCAGAACACCUGCGGGUCACAUGUACCGGCCAAACCCUGUCAGGUGCACCGACCCUUAGUCUCAUGGGUCUGAGCUGCCCUAUGGACAGUCUAAGGACUAUGUGGUUUAUUAUAUAUGUCGAUGUGGCCAGAUACUCUGCCUCUUUCACCACACCGUCCGACCAUCGCAGCUUAGAAACUGAGCGAGGCUAAACGCCAGGAAAAAGAGAACCGAUGCCCCUUUGGUUUUCCAAAAGAGGUUGAGAAAUGGCUGUCCCUCUCCAAAGGGAACAACAGAAUUGGUAAGAGGGCACCUGCUACAGACCAGUUCCCUACCCCUGGUCUAGUGCCAUAGUAACAAGACCCUCUUUGGACCUUGGAAGGAACUGUCAAGUUUGCAUGCUAUUUUGCCCCCCGAACAGAUCCGGUAAAAGGUAUCUCUUUACCACAGUUGUAUCCUUUAUUCUCUAGAAUUGCUAUUUUUUAAAGAGCAGACUGGUGAAGUCUGGAAUGACUUAGGAUAGCUGAAGCGCUGGCUCCGGUGGUCUUUUCUAUAAUGCUGUGGGUUUGGUAAGGAAAAUAAACGCACUUAAAAAAAAGCACAUGUCAAUUGAUACAGCAAAGCUGUAAAGGCGAGAGGUGAAUUGAGUGGCCAUGUGAUCCUGAGUGCAGUUAUACCCUUCUGUGUCCAUGGACGUUAAUGGACUUUGAUGGGUGUAGCUCUGCUAUGGAUGGCACCGAUCAUACAUUUCACAGUGUACAGUGAAUGUGUUCCUUCAUUGCCGAGAGAAAGUGAAGGUCCCUGAGUUGUGACUCCCAAAGUUGGGUGCAGUUCGAGGCUGGAGGGGCCCCCUCGAUUAGUUUUACCUCAGAAGUGCACUCUGGGAUUGGUUGUCUUUGAGAUUUGCACCCCCCAGGAUCUCUUGCAAGGAAUUCUAAGUGCACCUCUUUCAUUGCGCUGUUCAGUUCGGUAGGCACUAAAACUGGCGUCAUCCCAUUCAGAGUAGACUUGUUGGGUUCCCCCCCCCCCCAAAAAAAAGCAUGAAAGUGAUAUUUUCCCACAUGGUUAGCAUUUGUUGUGAAAGCAGCUCCCCUGAUAUAUCUUCCUGUUUUCCACGUUAUUUUGAGGACCGUGGCAUUGGAUAUUGAAGUUCAGAACGUGCCACGCGACCAAGAACUUUUCAGAAAAUUGAUCACGGGGUAAAGAUCAUCCCCUUGUACAUUUUAAAAAAGAACAGGAAAAAAUGGUUUAGGACGAAAUAGAGAUAAAUCUCUUGGCGGCCGUGUUUUUUGCCCUUAUCCAAUAGCCAGGAUAGAAACCAGGGGAAAGAAGGUAUCAGUAUAGCUGCUGCCAUUAAGGAAAGCAAAGAACAUUAUUUCAAAUAGAGGAAUUCCCUUAUUGGUCUCCAGAAUGGUCAGUCAGGUGAGAGAGAUCAGGCCCACAACCCAAAGUUCUGAAGUGAUUUGAAGAAAAUGGCAGUGACUCAGCACACUUGAAGUCUAAUCCAGGCCCGGAGGACCCACAGUUCACUGGCAGUACACCCAUCUUGGUGAAGAACGACCCGAGGUUCAGUUCCUGGCACUGCCAUUAAAAGAAUGGCCAAUAGCAGGGCUACCUGAACACACGUUUUGGCCACAGCCAGAACGAACAAUACUUUGCAGUCUGACCUACUCUAAGGCGGUUUCAUAUCCACUAGGUGCCAUCAAAUAAAAAUCUGCUUUGCCCUUACCUGUUUAGAAAGACCAACCUUACACUUUGAAAACAAUUAGUGCUAGACAGUU